AUUCAAGAACGGUGUCUUAUAUUUAUCAUUGUCAACGUACUUGCAUGGUGCAAGUACGCUAAGGAUUUUUAAAUAAAACAUUGUUUUAUUUAAUAUUUAUUUUAAAAUGGCGAAUAGAGUCUUACUAUCUUUAACUUUAUUUAUAUCUUUAACGUCGGUGUUAUGUGAGCCGUUCCGCUUUGACAACUUUUCUUUAUUCAAAGUUGUACCGGACGAUGCGCACCACAUAAAGUUACUCCAAGAUCUUCAGAAUAGUGAUAUAAAUUAUGAUUUCUGGACGGAUCCUGUGCCAUCUGCUGAGUUUGUUAGUAUUAUGACCAGCCCCAUGAACAAGGUAGCUUUGGAACACUUCCUUAGCCUUCACGGAAUAAAAUAUGAAAUUACUAUGCCUAAUAUUCAAGAAGCUAUCGACAAAGAGACCAUAAAAACUUACACAAGGAAUAAUCUUAGAAGCAUGUCAUGGGAUGCCUAUUAUAAUUUGAGCGACAUUAACAUUUGGAUGGCAGACAUGGCCAGAACUUACCCAGAUGUGGUGACAGAAUUUGUUGCAGGAGUGUCUUAUGAACACCGUCAGAUCAAAGGUUUGAAAAUCUCCCAUGGUCCAGGAAGAAAAAUCAUUUUUGUCGAAGCAGGAAUGCAUUCCAGGGAAUGGAUUACAAUGUCUACUGCCUGUUAUAUUAUUAACGAACUAUUGACCAGUACUGACAAUGAUACUAUGGCUGCAGCAAGAGAUUUUGAUUGGUAUAUCAUCCCUGUUGCAAACCCUGAUGGUUAUGUUUGGACUCAUACUGAUUUCAGAAUGUGGCGCAAAAAUAGACGACCUUUCGGUACUAAUUUUGGAGUCGAUUUAAAUAGAAAUUGGAAUAACAACUGGCUGGUAUCAGGUGCCAGUACCAACCCUGCCAGUGACAUCUACGCCGGCCCGGGGCCCUUCUCCGAGCCAGAAACCAGGUCCCUCUCCAGCUUCAUCAGGUCUGUCGGAGACAUUGACAUGUACCUGUCGUUCCACUCCUUCAGUCAACUUCUGCUUAUACCCUUCGGCAAUACUACGGAGCCUGUUGGAAAUUAUCAUGACACUUUGAACAUCGGCAGAAGAGCAAUGGGUGCUCUUUCAGUCAGAUAUGGAACACAGUACGUCACUGGAAAUAUUGCCGAAGCCAUCUAUCAAGCAACUGGUGGCAGCGUAGACUGGGUAAAGGAACAUCUGCAAGUGCCUAUAGUAUACUGCUAUGAACUUCGUGAUAGAGGUCAAUUCGGUUUCCUACUGCCCACUGAUCAGAUUUUACCUAAUAACGAAGAAGCCAUGGAUUCGGUCAUUGACCUGAUCCAUCAGGCUAGGAGAUUCGGAUACUUGAGCGGAGGAAGUGUUGGACUUCAAGUGUCAUUUAUUCUGAUGCUAGUUGGUGUCUUGGCAUCGCUUUGGUAGAAAACGAACAGAUAACCUCUCAUCUGCCGAGAUACCAGACACAAUAUACUUUACAUUGUGUCUGGUUGAGAUCUGCGUUCUCGCGUUCGAAAAGUUAAAGCUUAAUAAUAAAUGAGUAUUGUUUA